AUGGAAAAGGUACAGCCCAAGAACACGCUGAACAGCUUGAAAGAGCUCUCGCCCGCCCAAGAAUCGGAUCGCGCCUCGCCAUCACACACCCCAGAUCUCGACCUUGAUAUACCCCCUCUCCCGACCGGCGGCUUUGGCUCCGACGCGGACGACGCGUCUGUAGAGAAGGAGACGCUUCGUCCUGACAGUCCGGUCGCAUCUCCGGAAGGCAACAUCGUGGCGGACCUGGUGGUAGCUCUGACGGCGGACAAGGAUACCGCGCCUGUCGUUGAAGAGGUACCCAUCACUGCUGGCCCGUCGGUGGGGGUGGAAGUACAGCAGGGUGGUCUGAGCGGGCUAGACCUCAUGUCAAGGUCUAAGAGCUUAGAACCCAUGGCAUCCAAUCAAAGCUCUCCAUUAUCGGACCUUCCAAAUCUACCUUCGCAGGACCCUCUCUCGCCGUCUUUCCGGCUGACCAUGCUGACCGAUAUCCCAGACGGUCUUCCCGCCGAGUCCUCGGCUCAAGCUGGGAAACGGUCCAAGCUGGAAGCAGCCAAAAUCGCAAGGGAGAAGAAGGCUCUGGCGAAAUCGGAAAAGGCGCAGUUGAAGGCCAAAGAGAAGGCGGGGGCCAAGACGAAACCGAAGGCUCCUAAGAAGGGCAAGGAGCCUAAGGAGGCUAUGGAGGCUGAGGAGGCUAAGGAGCCCAAAGAGAAAGAGAAGCAGGCAGAGCGAGAGGGGACCGUAGACAGUCUCCUAGAGAUUGCCCAGCCCGUGAAGACACGCAAUACACGCAGGAGGAAGAGGGGGGUGUCGGUCAAUUCGCUCGUCGAGGAUCCAGAGGCGGAGGAGAAGGCGGCGGCGAGGAAGAAACGAAAGUUGGCCAACAAGGCCGCUAAACCUCGACGUAAACUGAAAGCCCGCGCCCCAAUCCUUACCGACGCCCAGCUCCGAGCCAAUAUGAAGGGCCAGACCCGCGAGGUCCAAUCAGCCGCGUGUCACCGUACGCGGUAUGCCAAGUGGGGCAAGUGUACGCAGUGCACCUCCAAGUCGGGCUGGGAUUGCUGUCGAUUCAAGGAUUUCAGGGUCUUCCCGGUUGAUAGCGAGACUGGAGAUAUAACCGGGCCUGGCUACUUUGAGUCUACCUCAACCAUCGAUAAUCCGACAUCUCUACCUGUGGACUUUACCGCGCCGCUACAGGAAGAAACACUUGAGCGGAUCGACCGUAUCGUCGCGCCUAUUCUUCUACCCAUGAUCACCCGCGAGCUCCGACACGUCAUCAACAAGAAGGCCAUGACGCGCGCAAUUGACUCGGCAAUCGAUCGAUCAUUCUGCGACUUUUGCUCCGGAACCAUCUUUGCCGGCUCUUUCUUUUGCCGGAAAUGCGGCCGAGACUAUUGUCUCGAGUGCGAGCGCUACUUUUCGGAAAACCAGGAAGAGAUGGAUAAGAGCCCGUGGGAGCUGGACGUCGCUGCUCGGCCUAGACUACUGCGGUGUCUCCUGGACCCCGACGCGCAGGAGGCGAAGAAGGGGGAGGACCAGGAGGCGGACCGGGAUAAGGAUGAGCCGAAGAUGCGGGAUAUCGCGUGGCAUUUCCGCGGAGACCUGCAGCCGGUGUCGAGGUUUACGGAGAAGGAGUUGAUGGGUCAUUGGAAGGGGCUGCAGAUGCUCGAGCUGGAGAAGGACAAGGACAAGGAGAAGGGCGAGGGCAAAGACGAGGGCAAAGGAAAGGGGAAGGAGAAGGCGACUGGAAAUUCUGUCACUGCCGAAUUGGGGACGGCAACCGCGGGGGACACGGUACAUCGGCCUACUCGGUCUCAGAGCUCCGGCUCGGGUACGGGUCCUGCUGAGCCCACCGACAAGCCACCACCCCCUCCUUCCGUCGACAUUGACAGCUUUUACAAUGCCAUCACCCGUCCUCCCGUCCCGCUUCCUCUCGACCCCGCGGACCUCCGACAACAGUCCCUCAAGAUUAUACGGAUCACCACGGACGCUCUUGACAAUCCCCUCUUUGACCGACUUUGGGCCAAGGGAGAGCCGAUCGUCGUCGAUGGUCUCCUAGAGAAGUUCAAGACGAGCUGGAUUCCCGAAGAGAUGAUUGCUCGAUUUGGCAAUCAGAAGUGCGAUAUCAAUCAAUGUGGGCCAGAAGGCGAGACGUGGCGCUCGACGGUCAAGAAGUUCUUUGAGGAGUACAAGGACGCGCAUCGACGGGAUCCCGAGGAUAUCUGGUGUAUGAAGGACUGGCCGCCGACGGACGAUCUCAGCAAGACCCUGCCGGGGCUGUAUGAUGAGUUCUGCGAGGCGUUGCCUGUGCCGGAUUAUACGAGGCAGAAUGGGUCGAUGAACCUCUUUGCUCAUUUCCCGCUCGGCCCGACUAAACCAGAUAUCGGACCGAAGAUGUACAACGCCUUUGGUGGUGAUGAGGGACCAGGCGGACACGGAUCGACCAGGCUCCAUAUGGACGUAGCGGACGCCGUCAACAUUAUGCUGUACGCCUCGGACCUUUCCCAGAAGACGCCGACCGAGCCCCUCCCGGAAUCUACGGGCUUAGCCAUGGACGUCGAUCCAUCCCCAUCCGGUCCCCCUCCUCCCACCGAGCCGACCGAGCCGACCGGGCCAACCGAGACUCCCCAAAUCGCCAAGUCCUCGACCUUGCCUUCUUCUAUAUCUACCACCACGACCGGCGAGACCCUCAUUCCUCAGACCCGCUCCCGCUCCAAAUCCAAUGCCACCACCGCCUCCUCGUCCAAAUCCCUAUCUCACUCGCCUACCACAUCUCAUCCCAAAUCGAAGCCAAAACCCAAAUCCACCAAGCCCGAUAAUUCCAACAAGCGCAAAAGUGGUCCUGAGGGCCAAGCUACGCCCCCCCGCCCCGGCUGUGCAGUAUGGGACAUCUUCCGCGCGGAGGACGCCGACAAGCUCCGCCAGUUCCUUAUUGGCAAAUUCGACCCCGCCGAGUUCAACUAUACCGACCCGAUCCACUCGCAGAUGUUUUAUCUGGAUGCGGAUCUGAGGAAGGAGCUGUGCGCAAAGAAGAAGGUGGCGAGUUUUAGGAUCUAUCAAUAUCCCGGUCAGGCAGUGUUUAUACCUGCGGGAUGCGCGCAUCAGGUCUGUAAUUUGGCGGACUGUAUCAAGAUCGCGAUGGAUUUUGUCAGCCCCCAUAACAUUGCUCGAUGCCAGCAAUUGACGCAAGAUUUCCGGAAAGAGAAUUUCGUCAAUGUUUGGAAAGAUGAUGUGCUGCAGCUAUACAACAUCCUCUGGUUCGCCUGGCUAUCUUCGCGGGAGACUCGGGAACGGAUCGAGAAGGAGACGCAGGCCAAAGAGCUGGACCACGCUACGACGCUCGCGGAUCUCAGUACGGUCGGUUCGGGCCUCGUACCCACUGGUUCGAUCGGACGCAGCAUGACCAGUUCUGUACGGGACGAUCCUGCUUCCCUUCCUUCCCCACUCCUACCACCUCCUCCACCUCCUUCAUCGGCGCCACCCGCUCCCGACCAAGCUGCCGCCGGAUCAGACGAAGCGGACCUCGACCGACUCCUUAGAGAAGCUCUGGCCGCUCCGGACCCGCCUCAGCCUGAAGAGUCCCGGCAAAAGGCAUCCCGAGGCAAGAAGCGCCUGUGGUCCGGGUUUGCGAGUACUCGCCGGACGAGAUCGUCGGUCGGUGCUGGCGUUGGCGGAGGUAGAGAGGCGUCGCCGUUGGUUUCGCUCACGGUUGGGGAAGUCCGGGCGAGAUUGGGGUCAAAGAAGCAGAAGAAGGGGACGGAGGGGAUGGAGGGGUCGGCGUUGGAUGGGGCUAUGGAGAUUAUUAAGGCGGAGAUGGGGCAGGGAGGCGGUGAGGUGGAGGAGGAUGGGAUGAGGAUGUGA